AACAGCUGAUAAUUUCUUAUAAUCGCGAAAUAUCAACGGAGAUAUCAAUUCUUAAGGCAAAAAUUUCACAACAUUUUAUACAAUUAUUGAUAGUAUAUUUAGGAAACGGAUAUAUUAAGCGCUAGUAAAACGAUGAAGGAGCUCCCACGCUUUUCAUCUGCACUACGUGCGAAUACCGACUUGGAAGCGAAACUUCCACAAACCGGUGCCGACCAACGAAAACUACGAGAAGAUAAAAUCGCUGAAAGGCAAACUGUUUCAAAAGUGAUGGAACAGUUUCCGGCUGAUAAACAAGCUCAAGCGAAAGCAAAUCUUGUAAAACUACGUAAUAUUGUACAAGAAUGCAUGGGCUACGAAGAACAACCGCAAGUGGUCGAACAUGCGACACUAUUUCUAUUUUGGCUGCUCUUGGAGCAACGCGUUGUGACAGUGGCAUCCAAAAUGCGUGUGCGCAGCUUGUUUGGCAGUGUUUUCGAAAAGAAAUUUACAAAAAUGCAAGAAUGUGUUGCUGCCUUACGUGAACUUCUGGAAGAUUAUCAAAUUGAUGAGCUAAAACAGUGGAAUCGUAAGACAAACCAGGAUGCAUUAGACAAAAAGAGCUGGGGCACAAAUAUACGCAUCCGUUUAAAAGGGCCACCAUUGGGGGACUUACAUCAAUUGCAAGAUCUGGCACCCACCGCACAAUUGCUCAAAAAUGCGUCAGUCAACUUCUCCAUGCAGUGGAAUCAAGAAGCCGAAGAACAACGCAGUGGCAACGAUGAGAGCGAAUUAUCGCAACUAUUAGAGAUAUCAAUAGCUUCUGGUGAUCCGAAGCUGGUAUCUAAAGUAGGCGAGCAACUUAGUUCCAAGCGCAGUAACAACGAAUUGCAAAAUGAACUAAUCGAACUGUUGGGCUUUGAACGUUUUGAUUUGGUUCAACAGUUACUGGAGCAACGCUCCACAAUUAGUGCUCAAUUGGAGCAAUAUGAAAAGCGUGAACAGCGUUUGCAACUUAGUAAAUUAGCACAGCAACAACGAACAACAGGUAACACUGAAAUGCGUCCAACCGUUGCGAAAGCUGUAGUUGUGCAAUCUGCAUUAGAAAAAGAAUUGAACAAACAAAAUCGACGUGAAGAGAAAAAAUUACAACGCAUGUUGCAGAGCAUCAAUCGUAACAACGAAAACGAUGAUGAUAACGUCGCUCGUGCACUGAAUCCAACCCAAUUACGCCUUCAACAACAACGCAAACUACUGGAGAAUGUACAGCAGCAACCGGUGCUUAAGACAACGCAACGCCUGCAAGAAAUGCGUGCAGCAGCCAGUUACAACAACAACGUCAUACAGUAUCCAUAUGUGUUCGACAGUCAGUUGAAUGCCAAACAACACGCCGGCUUCAUAGGUGGCAAUCGUAUAAGUCUUCCAGACCAUGCUGAACGCAUAGACAAUAAACAAUAUGAAGAAGUGAAGAUUGCCGCCAAUGAACCACCGCCACUCAGUAUCGGAAACAAUCGCAUACAAAUAUCCGAUCUCGAUGAUAUUGGCAAAAUGGCCUUCGAGAAUUGCUCGCAACUUAAUCGCAUACAAUCUGUUGUCUAUCCCGUGGCGUAUCACACCAACGAAAAUAUGUUGGUGUGCGCUCCAACGGGUGCUGGUAAAACAAAUGUCGCCAUGCUUACUAUGGUGCAUACCAUACGUGCACAUCUAGAAGAUGGCGUCAUAAAUCGCGAUCAAUUUAAGAUUGUCUACAUAGCACCAAUGAAGGCGUUGGCUGCUGAAAUGGUGGAUAAUUUUGGCAAACGCUUAAAAUCACUAAAUAUUGCCGUCAGGGAGCUGACGGGCGAUAUGCAGCUAACAAAAACGGAAAUGACGCAGACGCAGGUACUGGUGACAACACCGGAAAAGUGGGAUGUCGUAACGAGAAAAGGCGCUGGCGAUGUGGCACUCAUAAGUUUGGUAAAGCUGCUUAUUAUCGACGAAGUGCAUUUGCUGCAUGGUGAGCGUGGUCCCGUUGUGGAAGCGCUUGUUGCGCGUACUUUGCGACUCGUGGAGUCGUCGCAAAGCAUGAUACGUAUUGUUGGUCUCUCGGCUACCUUGCCCAAUUACAUUGAUGUUGCACACUUCCUGCGAGUUAAUCCAAUGAAAGGACUCUUCUAUUUCGAUUCUCGUUUCCGACCGGUGCCUUUGGAUACCAAUUUUAUUGGUGUAAAAUCGGUAAAACCGCUACAACAGCUCACCGACAUGGAUCAGAUUUGUUAUCAGAAAUGUUUGGAAAUGGUGAAAGAGGGUCAUCAGGUUAUGGUGUUUGUACACGCCAGAAAUGCAACAGUGCGCACAGCCACGACAUUGCGUGAGUUGGCACAACAAAAUAAUACCGGUGCUUUCUUUCUGCCCAACGAAGCAACGAAUAGCUACAGCUUGGCGCAACGCGCCAUACAAAAGAGUCGCAACAAACAAUUGGUUGAGUUGUUCGCCUGCGGUUUGGGUAUACACCAUGCGGGCAUGCUGCGUUCUGAUCGGCAAAUGGUCGAGAAAUAUUUCGGCGAAGGCCACAUUAAAGUGCUAGUGUGUACGUCGACAUUGGCAUGGGGAGUUAACCUGCCCGCGCAUGCGGUUAUAAUAAAAGGUACUGAUAUCUACGACUCCAAACACGGCUCAUUCAUUGAUCUCGGGAUUUUGGAUGUGUUGCAGAUCUUCGGUCGCGCUGGCCGACCGCAAUUCGACAAGAAGGGUGUCGGCACCAUCAUUACCACCUACGACAAGUUGAAUCACUACCUAUCAUUGCUGACCAAUCAAUUCCCGAUCGAAUCGAAUUUCGUGCAAUGUCUUGCUGAUAAUUUAAAUGCCGAAGUGACACUUGGCACUAUAUCAAAUGUGGAAGAGGCAAUUGAAUGGCUAAGUUACACGUAUUUGUUUGUGCGCAUGCGCAUUAAUCCACAUGUGUAUGGCAUCGAAUAUAUUGACCUGCAGAAGGAUCCCAUGCUCGAGGCCAAACGGCGUGGCCUCAUUAUGUCUGCGGCUUUGAGUUUGGACAAGGCGCGCAUGAUACGUUUCAAUCAACGCACAAUGGAUUUCAACAUUACUGACUUGGGACGCACAGCAUCACAUUUCUAUAUCAAAUAUGAUACAGUGGAGAUCUUCAACGAAUUAUUAAAACCGUUUAUGAAUGAAGCCGAAAUCUUUGCAAUGAUUUCACAAGCUCAAGAGUUUCAGCAACUUAAAGUACGUGAUGACGAAUUGGAAGAAUUGGACGAGCUGCGCACAUACUAUUGUAAGGUCAAAGCGUCCGGAGGCAGUGAGAAUGUGAGCGGUAAGGUCAACAUCCUGAUGCAGACAUAUCUCUCGCAUGGUUAUGUCAAGUCCUUCUCCCUCAUCUCCGAUAUGGCUUACAUUGUUCAGAAUAUAGUGCGCAUUACACGUGCCCUCUUUUCGAUUGUGCUGCGCAACAACAACGCUAUACUGGCGACACGUCUUCUGCAGAUCUGCAAAAUGUUCGAGCGUCAACAAUGGGAAUUCGAAACACCGUUGCGACAGUUCUCCUCGAUAAAUGCCGAAUCUAUUGACAAAUUGGAACAUCGCGGCAUCAGUCUUUAUACGUUACGUGAAAUGGAGCAAAAUGAAUUGAAGGAGAUAUUACGCAAUCCACGCCAUGCUGAGUUGGUGUUGCGUUCGGCACGCGAAGUGCCUAUGCUAGAUAUUGAAGCAACGCUGCAACCUAUAACGCGCACUGUGUUACGUAUAAAGAUCGACAUUUGGGCCGAUUUCAAUUGGAAUGAUCGUGUGCAUGGCAAGGUUAGCGAAAUUUUUUGGCUCUGGAUUGAGGAUCCCGAAUCAAAUUUCAUCUAUCACUCCGAACAAUUUCAGGCCACACGUAAAUUCGUUUACAGCGGCAAGCCACAACAGUUGGUUAUGACCAUUCCACUGAAAGAACCACUGCCACCACAAUAUUAUGUGCGUAUUGCAAGCGACACGUGGUUGGGCAGCGCCACUUGGACGGCGCUCUCAUUCAAGCACCUCGUUUUACCCGAACAUCAUCCGCCAUUGACUGAAUUACUGCCGUUGCAUCCGUUGCCGGUCUCAAGCCUAAAGAACCCCCAAUUCGAAUCACUAUACAAUUUCACACACUUCAAUCCGAUUCAAACACAAAUCUUCCAUUGUCUCUAUCAUACCGAUAACAACGUGCUGUUGGGCGCACCUACUGGCUCUGGAAAAACCAUUGUUGCUGAAAUCGCCAUUUUCCGUGCUUUCAAUAAGCAUCCACGCGCCAAAAUAGUAUAUAUUGCACCACUAAAGGCGCUUGUUAAGGAACGUAUUAACGAUUGGAAGCGUCGCUUUGAGCAACCACCACUACGUUGGAAGGUCGUCGAACUGACCGGUGACACAGCACCCGAUAUACAGGCCAUACGCGAGAGUCAAAUCAUCGUAACCACACCGGAAAAAUGGGAUGGCAUAAGUCGUUCGUGGCAAACGCGAGAGUACGUACAAGAUGUUGUCUUGAUUGUAAUCGACGAGAUACAUCUACUGGGCGAAGAUCGUGGGCCGGUCAUCGAGGUAAUUGUUUCGCGUACGAAUUUCAUAACGUCACACACGGGGCGCAGCAUACGCAUUGUCGGCUUGUCAACGGCAUUGGCGAAUGCGCAAGACUUGGCCAAUUGGCUGGGCAUCAAGAAAAUGGGACUGUACAACUUCAAGCCAUCGGUGCGGCCCGUGCCGCUGCAGGUGCACAUCAAUGGAUUUUCGGGAAAACAUUAUUGCCCACGUAUGGCCACCAUGAAUCGGCCCACAUUCCAAGCCAUUCGUACAUAUUCGCCCUGCGAACCGGCCAUCGUUUUCGUCUCAUCACGUCGUCAGACUCGUCUAACCGCAUUGGAUUUGAUCACCUUUGUUGCGGGCGAUGAUAACCCCAAGCAAUUCUUGCAUCUGCCAGAGCACGAAAUGCAUCAAAUACUACAACAAAUCAAGGACUCCAAUUUAAAAUUCUGUCUUGCAUUUGGAAUUGGUCUACAUCAUGCCGGUCUGCAGGAGCAGGAUCGUAAAACAGUGGAAGAGCUCUUCCUCAAUCGCAAAAUUCAGGUGCUCAUUGCCACUGCUACGCUGGCUUGGGGUGUAAACUUGCCGGCACAUUUGGUUGUCAUCAAGGGUACUGAGUAUUUCGAUGGCAAAGUGAAGAAAUAUGUAGACAUGCCCAUUACCGAUGUGCUGCAAAUGAUGGGCCGCGCCGGUCGUCCACAAUUCGAUAACGAAGGUGUUGCCGUUGUGUUGGUGCACGAUGAAAAGAAGAAUUUCUAUAAAAAAUUCCUUUACGAUCCAUUUCCCGUUGAAUCGAGCCUCUUGGGUGUCUUGUCGGAGCAUAUAAAUGCAGAAAUCGUUUCCGGCACAGUGCAAACCAAACAGGCCGCAUUGGACUACUUGACGUGGACGUAUUUCUUCAGACGCCUUCUGCGUAACCCAACUUAUUACAAUUUGGAGGGUUUAGAACCGGAUCAGCUGAAUGGUUUCCUUUCGUCGCUGAUCGAACGCGUCAUAUACGAAUUGGAAUCAGCAGCUUGUGUUUUGCAACGCGAGAACAUGCUUAUACCGACGUUCCUGGGACGAAUCGCGUCUUUUUAUUAUUUAUCACAUCGCACAAUGAAACAUUUCCUAGACGAUUUAAUGGAAGGCAUGAACACCAGUGAGCUGCUAGUGGCUAUCGCUGACUCGUACGAAUUCGAUCAACAGCCCGUACGUCACAAUGAGGAUAAGUACAAUGAAGAAUUGGCCGAAUCAUGUCGUUAUCGUCCACCCGCGCCGACCUGGGAUUCACCGUAUACAAAAACAUUUUUGCUGUUGCAAGCGCAUUUCUCACGCCUCUCACUGCCAAAUUCCGAUUUUCUAACCGAUACCAAAUCCGCCCUGGACAAUGCAACGCGUGUCAUGCAAGCUAUGGUUGACUACACCGCAGAGCGUGGCUGGCUCAGCACCACACUACGUUUGCAACAACUAAUGCAGUGUGUCAUACAAGCGCGUUGGUUUGAUGAAUCGGAAUUUCUAACACUACCACAUGUCACUGCCGCCAAUGUAUCGAUAUUCUAUAAUAUAGAACAUAAUUAUGGGUAUCUCACAUUGCCGGCGUUGAAAGAACUGUGUAGACAGGAUUACGAGCGCCUAGCCGGUCCGUUAAGGGAUGUUUUCGAAGAGCAAGAGAUUGAACAAAUCUAUAGGGUGUUGCAAGUAGUGCCAGAGAUAAGCGUACAGAUCUCCAUACAGGGUAGACAUUAUGAUGACAUGGAAGCUAUGCGUGUUUUAUCCACUGCGCCGUCGGCAGAUAACUGGACGAAAAUACAUCCGAAUGAAGACUAUGUGCUCUCUAUAGAAAUGAAACGUGUAAAUUGGAAUGUGCGUGAAAUGCGUUCACAACAUGGCAAUCCCAUCGGUGUACACUGUCCGAAAUAUCCCAAAGGCAAGAGUGAAGCUUGGUUCUUAACGCUCGGCUCACAAGCCAAUAGCGAGUUGCUCGCCAUGAAACGUGUGAGUGUGCGUGGUCAUCGCACCACCAAUCGUAUUUGCUUCCAAUCGACACCACGUCGUGGACGCGUUGUUCUGACGCUGUACCUUAUCUCUGACUGUCUUAUUGGAGUGGAUCAACAAUUCGAGUUGCAAUUUGAAGUCGUUGAUCCAAAAGCUUGAAAGCAUUUUCAAAUAUAAAUUAAUAGCAACUUUAAGUUUAACUUUGAAGAGAUAUACCGUACGUCUGCUGGAGUGCUUUAGCUUUGAGCUAAAAACUAUUUUUGAUUUCAAUGUUCCCUAUCCUUAACAGUUUUGUCGUUACUUUAAGUACACGCCAAAUUGUUUGCCUCAUUGCACAUUUACAUAUAUGCAAGUAUAUUUAAGUACACAUAAAGUAAUAUGUAAUUACGUACGCUUUUCUAUUAAUUAUCAACACUGUAUUCCUAAAUGUUCUUUCGUAUUUUUGUAUUUUACUGAAUUUAAUUCUUCUAUAUUAAAACUCAAAAGUAUGAACCAAAAAAAUUAAAGAUAUAAAUUGAUAAUAAUAAUAUACUACACAAAUAUUUCUUUGUUUCAUUCGGUAUUCAGGAAUCCGUAGUGCAUGAUCUUAAAUGUAAAGCACUACGCCAUAUUGAACAGUGUUUAAUUAUCAGCAACGCGAAUGUAAUGGAGGAUUGUUGUUAUUCAAGUAACUUUUAAUAAAGGUAUGGUUUGCACGGAUGAAUGGACGUAAAGACAGCCAUACGAUUACCGUUCCCUUAGUCGACUCUACGUAACCGGAACGGAACCGGAUUAUUAUCCGAGGACAGUUAAAACGACAGCAUGCCUCAAAAUUAUUUGGCGACUGUUUUAUUCCGCUACAACAACAACAUACGGAUAUCUACUCAGAAAAAUUACCGUGUGCAACAUGUUUGGAGAGUAUAAAAAAUAAUUAUAAUAAUUCUUCUGUAAUAUUUUUAAUCAAAAAGCUUUUGACCUAAUUAUUAAUUAUAAAUAAUUUGAAGUAUGUAUUUAUAUUAACUUAUGAUGUUUUAUUAAAAAUUCAAAAAUUUGUGUGGCAACACCUUUUACGGUUUCGGGAUUAUCGAUGCAAACAUUGUGGAUAUCAGUGACAAUUGGAAACGUCAAUAUUGCGUAGAAAACGAAGACAGCGUCAACGUCAGCGAUAGUUUACGUCAAAUAUUGUUAAGUAGCAGCGGUCGCAGCCACAUCAGCAACUGAGUAGCGUUUUGGUAAAUCCAUCAAAAUACUUUUUGUGGUGCAACGACAAGCAAUCUUAUAAGUGGUCUCAACAUGGCGAUAAAACCUGGCAUGGGACGUAAGUCCAGCAGCAAAAAUCCACCAA